AUAAACAAACAAACAGUCUAAUCGUGUUUUGUGAAUAAAUUAAUACAGAGAAUGAUAAUAGUGGAAUUUAAAACGUAGUUGGCGCUAGUCGCUUGUCAAAUGUGUCGGCUGUCAAACCGGUUACAUAACCUCACUCCGAUAAAUAACCAAUAAAGAUAAGAAAUCGCGUGUGGUAUCUCAAAAUAGCAGUCGCAGUGUCGCUAAAUGGCCUCUUCUAACACCGGUUCCGGCUCUUCGUUCCCCAAAUGGCAGAUCGCGUUAGGUUUAGGGGCCGUGAGUGCCGUGGGUCUCAGCUACUGGUACUUGCGGACGACCAAGAAGCCCCAAUUGAAAGACACAAGCGACACCAUUUCCAUCGACGAGUCCGUCAAGGAGCCCGCCAAGGAGCUGUCCCCCUUGGAGCGCGCCCAGCAGUACAAAACCGAAGGAAAUGACAUGUUCAAACGCGGCAAGUUCGACGAAGCCAUCAACUGCUACAACAAAGCGAUCGAGACGUGUCCAACGGAGUUCAAAACCGAGCUCGCCACAUACUACCAAAACCGCGCUGCCGCUUACGAGAACCUGAAAAAGUGGAGCAGCGUCAUCUCAGACUGCACGAAAGCCAUCGAAUUGAAUUCGAAAUACGAGAAGGCGCUGAUGCGGCGGGCCAAAGCCGAGGAAGUGGUCAAAGACUGGGAGAAUUGUUUGGAUGACGUGACGUGCGUCUGCUUACUGCAACAGUUCCAGAACCAAACGGCGUUGUUGAUGGCCGAUCGAGUGCUGAAGGAGCUGGGGAAGAAGCACGCUCAGGAAGCGAUGCGCAGCCGGAAGCCGGUCAUUCCCUCGAAGACUUUCAUCAAAACGUACUUCGCGUCGUUCUCUGAGGACGUCGUGUUCAAGAAGCUGCGGGAAGUGGGGGAUCCGUUGGGGCAAGGGGAGUUGACGGGGUUCCUGAAGGCGAAGUUGGCCUUCGCUACGGAGAAGUUCGACGAAAUCAUUCCGGCCUGCACUGAAGAGAUCAAUUUGAGCGAGAGCGAGUCGCCGUAUAAAGUCGAAGCCCUGUCUCUUCGGGCGUCGUUCUACUUUUUGACGGGGUGUAUGGAUAAAGCGCUCGACGACUUAAGCACGAUUAUCAACACGGAGAACUGCGACGCGAAGAUUAAAGUGAAUUCGUUGAUUAAGAGGGCGUCGAUUUAUAUGCAGAACGAAAAACUCACAGAGUGCCUUCAAGAUUUCGACAAAGCGGCUGAAAUUGGGGCCGACGUGUCGGAUGUCUUCCACCACAGGGGGCAAGUUAAAUUGUUGAUGGAGAAGACGGAUGAAGCGAUUGUCGAUUUUAAAAAGGCCGUGGAUAUAAAUCCUAAUUUUUCCGUAGCCUAUGUACAGAAGUGUUAUUCAGACUACAGGCACGCCAUGCAGGUGCAGGACGUGCCACUGCUUAUGGAAAGUCUGGCCAAUUUCCGCAAAGGUAUCGAGAAAUUCCCCACUUGUGUAGAAACGUACGUCCUCUACGCACAAGUUUUGACUGAAAAACAAGAUUAUCUUGAAGCUGAAGAGUUGUACAAGAAAGCUAUAGACAUCGAUCCUCGUAACGCCUCAAUCCAUGUGCACAGAGGGUUGCUGAGGCUUCAGUGGAAAGGCGAAAUCGAACAAGCCGUCGAAAUGAUGAAAGAAGCAAUUAAAAUUGACGACAAGUGCGAAUUUGCUUAUGAAACCCUUGGAACCGUGGAGGUGCAGAGGGGUAACCUAGUGGUCGCUAUUGACCUAUUCAAUAAAGCCAUCGCCCUCGCUCGGUCUGAAAUGGAACUCACUCACUUAUUCUCGCUUAGGGAUGCCGCUACUUCUCAGUUAAAAGUAACGACACGUUUAGGAAUCGAUUCACAACAUAUGAGCAGUAAAUCGUAAUUUUUUUUAAGUGUUUUUUAUUACCGCACCUACAAGUCAUAAGCUUUUUUCAGUCGCUUGAAAAAUUCUUGUAAAAGGUUUGUCGCUUGUGGGUCGUUGUUAGUUUUGUGUUGGAUUAAAUUGUUGUGUACUUUUUCUUAAAUUUGUUUAGUGUAAAUACGGCAUUCCAGAGAGUUAUCCAAAAAUUUUUAGUGUUUUUCAACAGACUGGUGCUUAAUAAAUAUUUGUAAGCGGUUGGUGGUUUGUUUUGAUUUGUGGCGCGUGAUUGUGACGCAAGUCACGUGCGAGUUUGAACCAAUGACGGUGGAUACAUAUCGCUGCGAAAAGUGUAUUGUGGGUUGCCUAACUGUUCGUCCAAAUAUAUUUUUUUGAAUGA